AUGUGGAAGGGCUUAAGAAUAACGCAGACUCAGCUUUCUAAGCUACAUUUUAAUGGGCACAAGCUUCAGCCAGUUGGUGUACCCGCUUUAGAUUCUGUAUUAAAUGAGUGGUACGAGUUUUGCAAUAAGCCCCCUAAAGGAUUUGAAAAAUAUUUCAAACCGGGACCCAGUCAAAAACAACAAAAAAAACCGGAGAAAGAUGAUUCUCCUGCACCGUCAAAAAGUUCACCGCCACCGUCCAAGCCGAGCUCUUCACAGGAUAAAUGGAAUAUAAAUAUGUUUUCUAACACUGGUGGUGGUAGAGGUUCCGGUCGAGGAGGCUAUGAUGGUCAGGACAAAGAAAAGUGGAUGAUGUUCGGCGCUGUGGGUGUCGUAACAUUACUUGCUUCCAUCGCGUACUUCGAACUUAGAUACAGAGAAAUAAGCUGGCGAGACUUUGUAAAUUUAUAUUUAAAUAAAGGAGCAGUGGAAAAAUUGGAAGUCAUUAACAAAAAAUGGGUUCGUGUCCGAUUAAAUGCAGGAUCAGCACUUGAAGGAAAAAUUAUUUGGUUCGCCAUAGGCAGUGUCGAUUCAUUUGAGAGAAAUUUAGAAAAUGCACAAAUAGAAAUGAGUGUUGAACCACCAAACUUUGUCCCUGUUAUUUAUAAGACUGAAGUAGAGGCUGCUAGUUUAACUGGAAUGCUGCCAACAUUAUUGAUAAUUGGUUUUUUGAUAUACAUGAUGAGAAGAUCAGCUGAUAUGAUGGGCAGAGGCGGUCGGAAGGGUGGAGGACUCUUUGGUGGUGUUAUGGAAUCAACUGCUAAACUUAUCAACCCAACAGAUAUUGGUGUAAAGUUCCAAGAUGUUGCUGGUUGUGAGGAGGCAAAGAUUGAGAUUAUGGAAUUUGUUAAUUUUCUUAAAAAUCCCCAGCAAUACAUAGAUUUAGGAGCUAAAAUACCCAAAGGUGCCUUACUUACAGGACCCCCAGGUACAGGUAAAACACUUCUCGCUAAAGCCACAGCCGGCGAAGCCAACGUUCCAUUCAUAACUGUCUCUGGUUCUGAAUUUUUGGAGAUGUUUGUCGGUGUUGGUCCAUCAAGAGUUCGUGAUAUGUUUUCCAUGGCUCGGAAACAUGCACCAUGCAUCCUAUUCAUUGAUGAAAUUGAUGCCGUUGGCAGAAAGAGAGGAGGCCGCAGUUUUGGAGGUCAUUCUGAACAGGAAAACACACUUAAUCAACUCUUAGUUGAAAUGGAUGGGUUUAAUACUACGACCAAUGUUGUUGUGUUGGCUGCAACCAAUAGAGUUGAUAUUUUGGAUAAAGCUCUGUUAAGACCUGGUAGAUUUGAUCGACAGAUCUUUGUUCCAGCUCCUGACAUAAAGGGUAGGGCGUCCAUAUUCAAAGUACAUCUUACACCACUAAAGACUACAUUGAAUAAGGAAAAUUUGGCUCGUAAAAUGGCUGCAUUGACACCAGGAUUUACUGGAGCUGAUAUUGCCAAUGUAUGCAAUGAAGCAGCCCUGAUAGCCGCAAGAGAAUUAGCUAACGACAUCACUAUGAAAAACUUCGAACAAGCUAUUGAAAGAGUUGUCGCUGGCAUGGAAAAGAAAUCCAAUGUCUUACAACCUGAUGAGAGGAAGAUUGUAGCGUACCAUGAAGCGGGUCACGCGGUUGCUGGCUGGUUUUUAAGACAUGCCGACCCAUUACUGAAGGUUUCCAUCAUACCUAGAGGCAAAGGUCUAGGUUACGCACAAUACUUACCAAAAGAACAGUAUUUGUACAGUAAGGAACAACUAUUUGACAGAAUGUGCAUGACCCUGGGUGGCAGAGUUAGUGAAGAAAUUUUCUUUGGCAGAAUUACAACUGGUGCUCAGGAUGAUUUGAAGAAGAUAACGCAGAGUGCCUACGCUCAGAUUGUGCAUUACGGUAUGAACCCUAAAGUUGGUAAUGUGUCAUUCGAAAUGCCCCAACCAGGCGAAAUGGUUAUCGAUAAACCAUAUUCAGAGAAAACAGCGGAAUUAAUUGAUUCAGAAGUAAGAGAUUUGAUCAACUCAGCCCACAAACAUACAACCGAUCUUUUGAUUAAACACAAACCGAACAUCGAAAAAGUUGCGGAGAGACUUUUGAAACAAGAGAUAUUAAGCAGAGACGACAUGAUUGAACUCUUAGGUCCAAGACCCUUCCCAGAGAAGAGUACUUAUGAAGAAUUUGUUGAAGGAACUGGAUCGUUAGAAGAAGACACGACCUUGCCUGAGGGUUUAAAGAAUUGGAACAAAGAGAAACAGCCAACCAUACCUCCACCUCAAUCUAUACCAGGAGCAAGUAAAAAUUAA